AUGGCCCAACCUCCCACCAGACAGAGAAACUGGCCCAACCAGACAGAGAAACUGGCCCAACCUCCCACCAGACAGAGCAACUGGCCCAACCAGACAGAGAAACUGGCUCAACCUCCCACCAGACAUAGAAACUGGCCCAACCAGACAGAGAAACUGGCCCAACUUCCCACGAGACAGAGAAACUGGCCCAACCUCCAACCAGACAGAGAAACUGGCCCAACCAGACAGAGAAACUGGCCCAACCAGACAGAGAAACUGGCUCAACCUCCCACCAAACAUAGAAACUGGCCCAACCAGACAGAGAAACUGGCCCAACUUCCCACCAGACAGAGAAACUGGCCCAACCAGACAGAACAGAGUAACUGGCCCAACCUCUCACCAGACAGAGAAACUGACCCAACCAGACAGAGAAACUGGCCCAACCUCCCACCAGACAGAGAAACUGGCCCAACCUCCCACCAGACAGAGAAACUGGCCCAACCUCCCACCAGACAGAGAAACUGGCUCAACCUCCCACCAGACAGAGAAACUGUCCCAACCAGACAGAGAAACUGGCCCAACCUCUCACCAGACAGAGAAACUGGCCCAACCAGACAGAGAAACUGUCCCAACCUCUCACCAGACAGAGAAACUGGCCCAACCAGACAGAGAAACUGGCCCAACCUCCCACCAGACAAAGAAACUGGCUCAACCUCCCACCAGACAAAUAAACUGGCCCAACCAGACAGAGUAACUGGCCCAACCUCCCACCAGACAGAGAAACUGGCCCAACCUCCCACCAGACAGAGAAACUGGCUCAACCAGGCAGAGAAACUGUCCAAACUUCUCACCAGACAGAGAAACUGGCUCAACCAGGCAGAGAAACUGUCCAAACUUCUCACCAGACAGAGGAACUGGCCCAACCAGGCAGAGAAACUGUCCAAACUUCUCACCAGACAGAGGAACUGGCCCAACCAGACAGAGAAACUGGGCCAACCUCCCACCAGACAGAGAAACUGGCCCAACCUCUCACCAGACAGAGAAACUGGCCCAACCUCUCACCAGACAGAUAAACUGGCCCAACCAGACAGAGAAACUGGCCCAACCUCCCACCAGACAGAGAAACUGGCCCAACCUCUCACCAGACAGAUAAACUGGCCCAACCAGACAGAGAAACUGGCCCAACCACCCACCAGACAGAUAAACUGGCCCAACCUCCCAACAGACAGAGAACUGGCCCAACCUCCAAACAGACAGAGAAACUGGCCCAACCUCCCACCAGACAGAGAAACUGGCCCAACCAGACAGAGGAACUGGCCCAACCUCUCACCAGACAGAGAAACUGGCCCAACCUCCCACCAGACAGAGAAACUGGCCCAACCUCCCACCAGACAGGGAAACUGGCCCAACCAGACAGAGAAACUGGCCCAACCUCCCACCAGACAGAGAAACUGGCCCAACAUCCCACCAGACAGAGAAACUGGCCCAACCAGACAGAGUAACUGGCCCAACCUCUCACCAGACAGAGAAACUGGCCCAACCUCUCACCAGACAGAGCAACUGGCCCAACCUCCCACCAGACAGAGAAACUGGCCCAACCUCCCACCAGACAGAGAAACUGGCCCAACCAGACAGAGAAACUGGCCCAACCUCCAACCAGACAGAGAAACUGGCCCAACCAGACAGAGAAACUGGCUCAACCAGACAGAGAAACUGGCUCAACCAGACAGAGGAACUGACCCAACCUCCCACCAGACAGAGAAACUGGCCCAACCAUACAGAGGAACUGGCCCAACCAGACAGAGAAACUGGCCCAACCUCCAACCAGACAGAGAAACUGGCCCAACCAGACAGAGAAACUGGCUCAACCAGACAGAGAAACUGUCUCAACCAGACAGAGGUUCUGACCCAACCUCCCACCAGACAGAGAAACUGGCCCAACCAGACAGAGGAACUGACCCAACCUCCCACCAGACAGAUAAACUGGCCCAACCAGACAGACAAAGUGACCCAACCUCCAACCAGACAGAGAAACUGGCCCAACCUCCCACCAGACAGAGGAACUGA